AUAAUAAUAAUGUUUGAAAGAAAACGUUUUGGUAGUUUAUUUAUAUUGUCUGUGUGGGCGUGGCUUCCGCCGGGUCACGUGGCCUUGGCCUUUGUUGAUAGAAAAAGAGAAAAAAAGUCCCGGUCCGACUACUGGCCGAAUUACCGACCGCGUCGCUCCGUGGUGGCCGGCUCUUAGGCGCUGCUCGUCGGCCUGGAUGCUGCAGGAAGUCGCCGGGUUCCUCCUCCGCGUGGAUCUUUGUCUGGCGGGCGCGCGGCGGAUGUGGCCGCCGGCCUGAGCGCGAGGCGGCGGGCUGGGGGUCGGCGGCUGAGUCCGGCUUUGUUAUCCGGAGCCCGCACUCACAUGGACCGGAGCCGGAUGCUGAUUCUUCUCUGUUUUUACUGAGGCAGAUUUUUAACGGACACCAGGAGCCACAACAUCAUCAUCAUUAUUAUUAUUAAUAAGAUUCCGCUGCUGAUCUCUUUCAUCUCUGCUGUAUCUCAUUUAUCUCGCUGUCACACCUCCACCCGUGGAUCCCGUCCUCCUGCCCCAUCAUGGCUCCAGCGGGCCGGUUCUGCUGCCUGAUGGUUCUGAUGGUUCUGCCUGCGGUCCGGAGCUCCUUCCCCCGGGUUGGUGCCAGCAGUUUGGACUGUGGUCCAGGAAAGGCCUCAGACUGUCUCGAUCUGUCAGAUAAGAAGAGCGACCUACGUGUCUGCGACGCCGGAACGUGUCGCUUCGGAGGAACCUGCAGAGAGAACGGUGCCGACAUCAAGUGUGUCUGUCAGUUCCAUUGUCAUAACAAGUACGUCCCCGUGUGCGCCUCCAACGGAGACACAUAUCAGAACGAGUGUUUCGUCCGGAGAGCUGCCUGCAAGAAACAGAGAGCCAUCACCAUCGUGUCCGAGGGACCCUGUUACCAUGAUGGCAGUUCGGGAUCUGGAGACGGAGACGACGGCGGUUCUGGUCACAGUAAGAAGACCUCAAAAUGUGGAAACUGCAAGUUUGGCGCCGAGUGCGACGAAGACUCUGAGGACACGAUCUGCAUGUGCAACAUCGUAUGUAACGGCCACAACGAUAACCCGGUGUGCGGCAGCAACGGCGUGACGUACGAUACACCGUGUCACGUCCGAGAGGCGUCGUGCCUCAAACAGCUGAAGAUUGACAUCAAACAUGUGGGACGUUGCCAAGACAAAAUCAAAAAGGACGAGGGCGUGAAGAUGAAACCCGACAUCUACGCGGUAGCCAAACCUGGAGAAGGGGAGGACUUUGGGGACAGCCCUGCCCCCUGCCCCGACGACUACGCCCAGUUCUGUGAACACGGCCAGUGUGAGAUGAGACGCAACCUGCCAACCUGCAGGUGUGAGUCAGCGUACGGCGGUCCUCAGUGUGACCAGCUCCUGGACUUUAACAUCCUGUACGUGGUGCCCAGUGGGGAGAAGCUGCACUACGUUCUCAUCGCCGCCAUCAUUGGCGCUGUUCAGAUCGCCGUCAUUGUUGCCGUGGUCAUGUGCUUCACCAGGCGGUGCAAUAAGACAAAACGUGGACGGAGACAGAAGCAGCACCUGGGACACUUUCCGUCAGGGACGUCCUCCAGGAUGAUGUAGCUUCUGGUACUUUUAGGAAAAACAAUAAUGAACACUUUCGUACCACAGACAGACUGGAUUUUUGAUAUUUCGUCAUUCUGGUGCCUCUUUUUCUUUGUUUGUUUCUUUUGUUUCUUUUUUUUGUUGGACGUGCCUUAUUUUGAAAUCCGUCCUCAGUGUUCGGGUUCCUUUUGUUUUUUGUUUCCCAGCAGGCGGCGAGGACGGCGCUCUGAAGAAACACUGUGUCUGUUAGUUUUUCGCCCUGUGAGACAAAGUGGCGCCGCUUGUGUUUUUAUUCAGUUUUCAAAUGUUUUCAUCGUUGAUAUCCGCUGCUGUAACUUUUUUUUUGAGUGAAGAACUCAUCAUACUGAUUGUUUAUAUGGUUAGAAAGCUGGAAGUCGAUAAUUUUACAAAUGCAAAAUGUGUUUAUGUUUGCAGGAGCUGAUGCAAAAUCAAGGCUGAACGCAAGAUAUAAAAUUUAUUGCAUCUCUGGAACACAUGCGCGCCGCGUUCAAAUUGUUCGAAAAUCCAUUUUUAGAAUACCGUCUGUCUGUUCCUCAGUAUGAGCUCUGCGGGGGGUCGGCGUGUCAGCCUGCUGUGUGUUUGAGUCCCAGCGAGCAGUUUUACAAACAUAUUUCAUUGUGUGCUGGUAUUUUUACUUAAUACUGUAGGGGGCGCUCUACAGUGGCAGCAUAAAGUGUCACAGGGUUAAAAAAUGUAUUAACUGAUUUUAAACGUUUUUUGUUUUUGACCAUUUUUGAAGCUAAAAUGCUGUUUUUUCUACAAGUUCAAAGCUCCAAACUGGCGUGUACAGGUUGUUAUUUUUUGCUUACGUCUCAGAUAUCACCAUUCCGGAAAUGAAUUCCAAUGUUUGUGUGCGUUGUGACAAACUGACGAUAAACAACUUUGUUUUUUAUAUAAAUAAUUUGUAAUGACAGUACGAUGUGCUUGUGUUGGAUGUUUCUUAGCUGUGGUUGGUGGACUAGCUGCUAUAAGGCGGCCGGAGCUUCCCUAAAGCAUCACCACGAGGCCAAGUAUCUCAGUCAUUGGUGUGAAGACUAAAUGCUACGUGAGCAAACGCUCAUCACAUCCGUUACUGAUGGUGAAGCAGUCACACAGUACUGUCACCCAUGGUGUGAUGGUCAUGCUGUGCCAUCAUCUAUGGAGCACAGUCACUCUGUGCUAUCACCUACCACGAAUCUGUCACUCUAUGGCAUUACCUGCAGCAUGUCUGUCACUAUGCCGGCACCUCCGGUGAUUCUGUCACUCUAUACCGUCACCAAUGGCGUGUCUGUCAUUCUGUGCCAUCACUUACGGCAUGUCUGUCACUCUAAGCCGCCCCCUACAGAGUGUCUGUCACUCUAUACCGUCACCAAUGACGUGUCUGUCCUGCGAUGCUGGCACACGAUGUGAUAACUUAAGAAUGUGUGUUAUAUUGCGUUGGUCACGUGAUGCCAUUGGUGACGGUAUGUCAGUUCCAUGAUGCUGCUUCAGUCACGUUAUGCCAUCAGAGAUGCAGUCAGUGACUUUGUGUCAGUCAUAUGAUGCCAUUGGUGACUUCAUGUCAGUCACAUGGUGCCGUCAGUGACAAUAUUGGUCAUGUGAUGCCGUCUGUGACAGUGUUGGUCACGUGGUGUUCUCGGUGACAGUGUUGGUCACGUGAUGCCUGUGGGAAUCUGGCUGACUUUUACUCUUGAUGUUUGUUGUUGCAUGAACCAGUGAUGAUGAUGUUUAGAUUUUGCUGUAGUGGAACUCAAAUUAAAUUAUGUUGUUCAAUGC